GCCGGGCCGGGCCUGAGCUCCGCCGCCGCCAUCGCCGCCUGAGCCGCCGCUGUCCGCGCUGCAACCAUGCCGCCCUACACCAUUGUCUACUUCCCGGUCCGAGGGCGCUGCGAGGCCAUGCGCAUGCUGCUGGCCGACCAGGGCCAGAGCUGGAAGGAAGAGGUGGUGACCAAGGAGACCUGGCUGCAGGGCCCGCUCAAGGCCUCCUGUCUGUACGGGCAGCUCCCCAAGUUCCAGGAUGGAGACCUCACUCUGUACCAGUCCAAUGCUAUCCUGCGACACCUGGGGCGCACGCUUGGGCUAUACGGGAAGGACCAGCGCGAGGCAGCUCUGGUGGACGUGGUAAAUGACGGGGUGGAGGACCUUCGCUGCAAAUACGCCACCCUUAUCUACACCAACUAUGAGGCAGGCAAGAAGGAAUAUGUGAAGGCACUGCCGGAGCACCUGAAGCCUUUCGAGACGCUGCUGUCCCAGAACCAGGGGGGCCAGGCCUUCAUCGUGGGCGACCAGAUCUCCUUCGCGGACUACAACCUGCUGGACCUGCUGCUGAUUCACCAGGUCCUGGCCCCCGGCUGCCUGGACUCCCUCCCCCUGCUCUCGGCCUAUGUGGCGCGCCUCAGCGCCCGGCCCAAGCUCAAGGCCUUCCUGGCCUCCCCUGAGCACGUGAACCGUCCCAUCAACGGCAACGGGAAGCAGUGAGAGUUUGCAGCACCCUCGGCGGGAGGUGGGGGCUGCCUGCCUCCCUUUCCUGGGGACCAAUAAAAUUUCCAAGCGAGAAGCA